AUGCAUAUCUGGAUCCUAAAAAUAAUCCUUCUGAUUGCAUCAUCUCUGAGGCUCGCCGAGAUGUAUGACAAUUAUGGGGAGAUCUGUCAAAACCUGUGUACGUGCGAGGAGAAGGAAGGGGUCCUGACGGUGAGCUGCGAGAACCGGGGGAUCGUCCGGCUGACGGAGAUCAGCCCCGUCCGCUUCCCCAUGUAUCACCUGCUGCUGACGGGGAACCUCCUGAAGAAGCUGUCGGUCAACGACUUCAUCAACUACACCGGGAUAACCAUCCUGCACCUGGGGAACAAUGACAUAUCCGAAAUAGAGUCCGGCGCCUUCAACGGACUGCAGGGAUUAAAAAGGCUUCACCUGAAUAACAACAAGAUCGACAUUCUGAGGGAUGAUACGUUCGUGGGGCUGGAGAGUCUGGAAUACCUUCAGAUUGAUUACAAUUACAUCACCACCAUCGAGCCCAGCACCUUGAGCAAACUGCAUCAGCUGACGGUGAUGAUUUUGAACGACAACCUGCUCUCUGCCCUGCCGCUCAACAUCUUCCGAAAUGUCCCUCUAACGCACUUGGACCUGAGGGGCAACCGGCUAAAGAUGUUCCCUUACAUCGGCCUGCUGGAGCACAUGGACAAGGUGGUGGAAUUACAGCUGGAGGAGAACCCGUGGAAUUGCUCCUGCGAGCUUAUCGCCCUGAAGGCUUGGCUGGAGAGUAUCGCCUACACGGCUCUGGUAGGGGAGGUGGUGUGUGAGACGCCCUUCAGGCUCCACGGCAGGGACCUGGACGAGGUGUCGAAGCAGGAGCUGUGCCCGAGAAGGCCCUUGGAAGACACGGUGAGGCCUGCGCCCCCGCUCAGCACCAAUGGAUAUUACCAGACCACGCCUGCCGCCGUCACCGCCUCCGCCACCUCCUCGGCCGUCUUGAGGUCCUCUUCGAGGCCUACCAAGGGCACGCGCCAGUUUAACAAAACUAGGUCAAAGCCCACCUCCCGAAUACCGGGUGGCAACCCUUACAAUUAUGGUCCCAUCAUUGCUUUUCAGACCAAAUCUCCUGUGCCUUUGGACUGCCCCACUGCCUGUACAUGUAAUCUGCAGAUCUCUGACCUUGGACUAAACGUCAACUGCCAAGAGAGAAAGAUCGAGAGCAUUUCAGAUCUCAAACCCAAGCCAUACAAUCCCAAAAAAAUGUACCUGACUGGAAAUUACAUCCCCGUGGUGCGGAGGUCAGAUUUUGUCGACGCCACCGGAUUGGAUUUGCUUCACUUGGGAAACAACAGGAUAACCCUGAUCCACGACCGAGCAUUUGGGGAUUUAACCAACCUGCGUAGGCUGUACUUGAAUGGUAAUCUCAUGGACAGGCUUACGGCUGAGAUGUUUUAUGGGUUGCAGAACCUGCAGUAUCUUUAUUUAGAAUAUAACAAAAUCAGAGAGGUGGACGUAGGCACUUUCCGCCACCUGCCUAACUUGCAGCUGCUUUUCCUUAACAACAACCUUCUGAAAACCCUGCCAGGGGGCGUCUUUUCCAGCCUCUCCUUGUCUCGGCUCAAUCUCCGCAGCAACCAUUUCCAGAACCUGCCCGUGAGCGGCGUCUUGGACCAGCUGAAGGUGCUGGUGCAGAUAGAUCUGUUCGAGAACCCGUGGGACUGCUCCUGCGACGUAGUGGGGAUGAAGAUAUGGCUCGAGCAGCUCAGCGCCGGCACGGUGGUCAACGAAGUGGUGUGCGAGACCCCCAAACGCCACGCCGGGGCGGACCUGCGCUCCAUCCAGUCGGAGAAGCUGUGCCCCGAUUACUCGGACGUCCCUGUGUCGACGGCGUCCGUCACGGACGCGCCCGCCGACGACAGAGCCACGACCACCGACGCCCCGCAGCGGUUCAACACGCCCAGCAGCACCGUCCCCCUCUCCGUCCUCAUCCUCAGCCUGCUGCUGGUGUUCAUCAUGUCCGUCUUCGUGGCGGCGGGGCUGUUCGUGGUGGUGAUGAAGAAGCGCAAAAAGUCCCAGAGCGACCGCACUAGCACAAAUAAUUCAGACGUCAGCUCGUUCAACUUGCAGUACAGCCUCUACAGCAACCGCUCCGGCCCCAAAGUGAAGGCCCCGGCCGGCCACGUGUACGAGUACAUCCCGCACCCCAUGGGCCACAUGUGCAAAAACCCCAUUUACAGGUCAAGGGAGGGCAACACCGUGGAGGAUUACCGUGACCUUCACGAGCUCAAGGUUACAUAUAGGAGUAACCCGGAAGAAGAGCGGGACAGCAGCACCCUGCGGAGCCCUACGUACAGCGUGAGCACCAUCGAGCCACGGGAGAACCCCUCCCCGGUGCAGGAUGCCGACCACUUCUUCAGGGGCAUCCUGGAGCCCGAUAAGCAAUCCCCCCAUCAAGCCAUCCCGUCCCUCCCGGCAGGUGCCAAUAUAGAGUACAAGUACACGGGGCCCGUGUCGUACACGUACAACCCAAACUUCGAUGUCAGGCGUCAGUUCCUGCACCCGGAGAGGAUAAGGGAAACGGUGCUGUACGGCACGGCGCCCAGUACUGUUUAUGUCGAGCCCAACAGAAACGAGUAUUUGGAGCUCAAAGCUAAACUGCAGUCUGAGCCUGAUUACCUUGAAGUUCUCGAGAAACAGACGACCUUUAGCCAGUUCUGA